UGUACGAUGCAAUUACUGCCUUCCAAGGAUCAAAAAUCUGAGAUCAGCUGUUUCCUCCUCAUCCAAUGUGAAGAAACAUUUUGAGGUAAGCCUUUGUCAUGCUGGUCCUCAAAGAGUGUCCAUUGUCUAUUUAUGUUUAAAUUGUGAAGUUCCUCUUCCAUUUUUUCUUGGAUUCAUGCUUUGUUCUUCUUCCUCAGAGGGCACACCCUGAGAAGCUGAGAGCAAUUGAAGAAGCAAUAAAGGCAAGGAGACGUGGCCUUCCUGAACCAAUGCAUGACACCCCUCCUCCCAAAAUGCUGAAGCAGCAGCAGACAACCCUUGAGAGGUGGGGAUCUGGCAGGGAGCCUGUCACCCAGAGCUAUCUCGACAGGAGAAUCAUUGAUUUCAUUGUAGAGGAGACAUUACCACUUCAGACUGUGGACAAACCAUCAUUCAUUAAUCUGGUUCGCAUUGGACUCCCCAAAGAUCUCACCAUCAUAUGUGCCAAGACUCUGAGAGACAGAAUUGAGAAGAGAGCAUGCGACAUGAGAGAAACUCUUGCAAACCGAAUGGGUGCUGUGGCAUAUAUAGCAACCACUGCAGAUUGUUGGACCAAUGGCAAGAAGAGUUACUUUGGGGUAACAGCCCACUGGAUCAACCCAACUACCCUGAAACGUGAGGUCGGGGCCUUGGCUUGUAAGCGUCUGAAGGGGUGCCAUACAUACAAUGUCCUUUCAAAAGCAUUGCAUGAUGUACAUGUGCAGUACAGGAUCCACAACAAAGUUAUGUGCACUACUACAGACAAUGGCUCCAACUUUGUGAAAGCGUUCAGAGUUUUCAUGGCCAAAGAACCAGUGGAAGCUGCAGGCACCAGUGACGAUGAUGGUGAUAACCAGGAGGAGGAGGAGGAGGCUGAGGUGGAGUUUGUGCCUAUCUGUGAGAUCCUGGACACGGGACCUGAGGCAGAGGAAGAAGCUGCAGACUCAGGAGAGGAUUUUGUUUUACCACCACACCAGAGAUGUGCUAGCCACACCCUCAACCUUGUGGCAACACAAGACAUAGAGGCCAUGCUUUCUGACUCCUUCAAAAGUAGUCUUCUUGGUCCUUUCAAGGAACAGUUUCGUUCCUUGAUGGGAAAGUGCAGCAAGUUGUGGUCCAAGCAGAACCAGUCAGCACAGAUUGCUGAGUAUAUCCGUGCGCAAUGUGGUGUGUAUCUGAAGGUACUGAAUAAGACCAGGUGGAAUUCCACCUUUGAUGCGUUGAAGCAACUACAUGAGGUCCUGUCAACUGUGCCACUAAAAAUGCAUGCCAUAAUGGACCGCUGCUCCUUGUCCAGGAUCACAGCUGCUGAGAUUGAAGUGGUACAGGAAUACACAGAGAUUAUGGACCCACUAGCCCAGUCCCUAGAUAUCCUGCAACAGGAGAACGGCAUGUUCAUGGGGUAUUUGCUACCAACACUCUGCAAUCUGGACCGCAAGUUAGAAGGACUGGAAAACAAACCUGAGAGAUACACAAUGGAAGCCUUGUUGAAAGCUGAAAUAAAAAUGGGUGUACUUAAUGAGGACAGUGAUCAGUCUUCAGAUAAAGACCAGGAAGGAGAUGACUUAGAAGAUGACUUCUUUAACUUUCUGCCCCAGGGCAAGAAGUCAGCAGUGGACACUGCUGAGGAGGAACUGGUGAGGUACCUGAGGUCUCCCAGCAGGGAAGUGUCAUCACUCCAUGGCUUUCCACGUGUGCUGCGGUGUUUUUUGCAGCACGACACAGGCAUGCCUUCAAGCGCCGCAGUAGAACGCCUGUUCAGUACUGGUGGCAACGUAAUGACUGUAAAAAGACAUUCCUUGUCUGACAUGCUCUUUGAGCAUCUUGUUCUUUUGAGACAUAACAGAAACAUAUUAUAAAAGCAUUUCAAGUGUAAAAUUUGAUUUCAAGAGUUGGGGUAUCUUCAUUGCUUGGGGGGAUGUGAGAUUCUGUUAUGCCAUUAU